CGUGAACGCCGCUAUCCGCCAAGCCCGAUAAGUAUUACUACUAGCAUCUCCAUCUCCAUCUCCAUCCGGAACCAAAUUCACCCAUCACCAACCAAACUCCAACCACAAUCAAAACAACCACCACCAAACCCCCACAAUGCCACCACCGCCGCUCCAACCCGCAAUCUCCUGGCGCACCUGCACACGAUGCAUCCGCCGCGCCUACCCCCGCCCUAGCAGCACAAGCACCCGCCACCUAAGCACAACCCACACCCUCCGCACCAAGAACCCCCUCCGCAACUCAACGACCCGCACCAGCAACCAAGACCUCGCCAAAUCGCGCCGCUCAAUCGCCGUCUCCGCAGCCGGAAUCGCCAUCUGCGCGGCAGCAAUGUACGGCGUGAUCAAGACGGACGUGUUCGGGCUUGAGCAAGCCUCUCAGGCCUCUUCUCAAUCCUCCUCCCAGGAACCCGAACCCAAGAGCAGCAAAGGGGCGAUGAAACUAGAUGGACCGGCUGGGUUCGGGGGCGCUCCAUCCGUGAUUCGGGUGGCGGGGCAAGAUGGCGUGGAGGAGGUAUCGACGGGGACGAGCACGAUACCGUUUUUCCCGAGUGUGAUUCGCGUACCCUCUAUCGACAAUAAAACUGCGGGGGAAUUGAAAGCUGGGGAGGAGGUACGCGAUGUCGAGGAAGAAGAGUAUCAGUUACUGGGGCUGGGGGUGCGGACUGUGUCAUUUCUGAAGAUCCAGGUUUAUGUGGUGGGGAUGUAUGUAGCUCGGGGGGAUAUUUCGGAGUUGCAGCAGCGGUUGGUGAGGACUGCUGUACGGCCGCCUGGGGGUGAGGAGGGGGUUGUUGGGAGUGCCGGGGCCGGGUCUGCGACGUCGCUUGUUUCGACGGAGAGGGAGGAGUUGAAGGGGUUGCUUUUGGAUGGGGAAAAGGGCGAGGAGGUUUGGGAUGCGGUGAUUAGGGGGAAUGGGCUGCGGACGUGCUUUAGGAUUGUUCCUACGCGGAAUACGGAUUUCUUACAUUUGAGGGAUGGGUGGGUGAGGGGGAUUACGGGGCGGGCGCAGAGGGCGAAUGCGAAGGCUUUGGAGGCGGGGGAUGCGGCCCGCAGCGAGUUCCAGGAUGAUUCGUUUGGGACGGCGCUGAAUGAUUUUAAGAGUUUGUUUGGGGGUGGGCAGCGGAAGAAUGUGCCCAAGGGGCAGACUUUGCUGCUUUUGCGUGGUGCGCAUGGCGAGUUGGAUGCGCUUUUCCAUCCUGAACCGGCGAAGCCGGUGAGGUUCUUGGGCCGUGUGUCGGAUGAGCGGAUUAGUCGGUUGGUGUGGCUGAAUUAUCUUGCUGGUAAGAAUGUUUCCAGCGAGGGCGCCAGACAGAGUGUUGUGGAUGGGGUGAUGGGCAUCGUGGAACGCCCUGUUGGAACUGUUGUGCAGAAGGUCGUGUAAUUGUACUUUGUAUAUGUAAUAGUAGCCAAUCAAGCACUCUCCUCAGGAUGAAGUUCAUCAGUUCCAGUCUAAGUAGAUCCCUAUAGUGACAAUACUCCCGGACCCAGUAGAAACCCAAUCCAUCAAUUACAUCGUCUGCACUCGCAGACUUGACUUACAUUAGUACAUACUACCCUACAAACCAAUCAUCCCAUUCCUCAAACCCUCACUACAAGCUGGAGCGGGGUAUUGUAUCAACUACAAUCGCCGAAGCCAAAUCUAUAUUCAAACCAACAGUACAGACGAGCACAGCCAGCAAAUGGUCUCAUAUACAAUGUCAUUCCACCUAUAAUACGAUUAAGCUAUGAAGGCUAGACCUAUCUCUCUAGACAACCAAG